AUGUUCGAAAGCAAUCUGCUCUCGCAGAUUAACACUGCAUCGCCGCUUCCUACGUUAGUGGAAGUGUCCCUCGUGAACUCCCUCAACAAGUCCCUGUCUAAGGCCUUCCAGUUUGCUCAUCUGUUACUAGCAGAAAAAUGCGAUGUAGCGGCCCGGUUUCUGUCUUGGAAUGCUGAGAUUUGGCUUGUUUUGCAGUCUUUGAUGGAGUACCGGCUUCUUUUUUAUGCCAACACCACAUUUGCAGAGAUGUUGUUUGGCCUUCGCCGCGGCUCUAUUGCAUCGCCAUCGAAGCAACAUGCGUCGCAGGGGAGACUGUCGUGGUGGAUUCGAGGCCCCCUCCCUGUGCCUUCCUUGGAGGAGAAGGCCUUGCAGACGCCAUAUGCGGCAGCCAACACAGCAGUGAAUGCCUUCUCUGACGCGGCACCACCCCAACAGCACGAUGAGCUUACAGCAGGAGAGAUGCGAGCGGCGCAGGGUGCUUCUUACGGCCAUCUCCGUUUUAGUCCCAUCAGCAACACACAACGGUGCGUGACACUGUUUCUCAUUACUGCUAAACCCUACCUGGAUGAGCUUGUCGCCAAAUGGUACACUCGCCAGACUGACUCUUCUCCUGAAGUCGUCGUUAUGCGUACUGCUUAUGCGAAUCGUUAUCCAAUACGAGCUCGAAUCAAAAAGUUAUUAACGCGAUUGUAUCCUAUAUUUUACACAGUAUCAGGGGGCUUGAGGUUAUUGUACCAGAUACUUUUCCUUCUGGAGUUGACGCCGUACAUUGCACCGUUUCAUCGUGUUUUUGGUAUUGCUCUGCGGCGUCUUACAAUGGAUGAUGAACUUGCUGCGGCGAACCCACGAGCUAGACGGGCUCUUCUUUUAGCACGCGUAUUUCUUAUCCUCUUAUUUGUUGGAUUCAGGCUGCUAGAGCUCACUGGCGCGGGUAGUGCUGCUGGAGGAGGUUCGGCACUCACAUUAACAGGUUCAGGCGGUGAGGAAUUUGCAACACCUCCACCACCGGUGCUGGGGGAGGACGUGGUAGUUCCUUCAGGAACAACGCUUCCACAGCCUGGCAUAUGUCCAGUGUGCGGGCGACGCGUCACUAAUGCUGCAGUGUGCACUAUAAGUGGUGUGGUUGGUUGUUAUCCGUGCCUAACAGACCACACCAGGACACAUGGUGCAUGCCCGCUGACGAAGCGCAAAACAACGGUAGAUUGUAUACGGCGCAUAUAUGAGUGCUGA